AUGGGACGAAAACAACGUGUUGUAGUAGAUGGUGUUUCGUCGAGCUAUCUUGAUGUGACCUCCGGAGUACCACAAGGAAGUAUUGUCGGCCCCCUACUCUUCCUGGUCUAUGUUAACGACCUCCCUGACGCUGCUAAAUACAGCAAAGUACCCAUGUUUGCCGACGACAGCAAAUGUUAUCGAGUCAUAGAAACGUCACAUGACACUCAACUCCUUCAGUCCGACCUGCAAUCCCUUUGCAAUUGGUCCUCUACCUCAGAAUUGAAGUUUAAUCUCAAAAAAUGCAUUGGAAUCAGAUUCUCCCGCAAACGUUUAAUUGAGUCACCCGAAUACAGUUUAAACCAAGAACCGAUAACCCUUAAACCCUCCCAAAAGGACCUCGGAAUAAUAAUUAGUAACAACUUAAAAUGGUCACCUCAGAUAACCAGUAUCGUGUCAAAGGCAAAUCAGAUGCUUGGUUUUCUCCGACGUAACUGUAUCCACCUGACUGAUACGAAAUGUCGACGCUCACUCUAUCUGGCACUC